GACGUACAAUACAGUACAAUAUCGAGAGCGAUAAGAAAUUCGCGGAUGAAGCCCCACGCUACUCCGUACUGCCCUCGAUAACGAAACACGGGCGUAAAGACACGAUGGCGAAAGGGACCAUUUCCAAAGGCAAGAGAGGCCCCUCAAUACACUCCCGCGCCGCCAGGCGUGCAAUCUCCCCUAGCAUCGACACCGACAAGUCUCUAAAGAACGUCCGGCCGCCGCAAGAAUCCGUCGACCGGCGGCCGGCGGUGCUCGCGGCGCGCCAGGCCGGUGGCGCUAUCAAGAAGGCCAAGUCGGGCCGGAAGGCGGUGCUGAGCUCGAAGGCGCGGCGGCGACGCGAGCAGAGCAUGAGCCGCGCCGAGGCCAUCAUGGACCGCACCGCGGUCAAGGUCCAGAAGAGCAAGGGCCACGCCAAGGUCAUCCACUCGCGGAAGAAGACGUGGGACGAGAUCAACAAGGAGGCCUUCGAGCUGACGGAGGAGCAACGCAAGCUGCUGAGCAAGAAGGCGAGGGCCAAGAUGGAGGAGGACGCCAUGGUGGAGGCUUUUUAUGCGGACGAUGGAGACGCCGAGAUGGAGGGGGCUGACGAUCUUGGGCAGACACCUGGCACUUCAGAAGCUUCUGCCGCACCGGCCGUGUCGGCGCCGGUUGCGACGGCUGAAGGGGGCGAGGAAGAGGAGGAGGAGAUCUUGUGAGGUUGUUGUUGGUGUUUCUCUGCUUGUGGGUCUCUUAUACAAACAAAAUCUGUGUUGGGCUUAGUUAUAUAAUUGGUGUUCGGAAAGCAUGGUGUCAUCGAUACGCUCCCGGUGCCGCGAUACGAGGUUGGCCCGGGGAGGAUAUCGGUUAAAGAAAGCGUGGGUACUACGACUGGGGAAACUGGAUGAUCAAAACACAGGAUAUGACAACAAAAUAGGAAAUUUGUCUAACGGGUGUAGGUUUGGUUUUAUUCUCGGUGUCUAGGACAACAUAAUUUCUUCGUUGCAGCCAGAAGAAAAUGGAAAGGGUUUGCUUGGGGAGGGUGAAACGACUUGCCCAUGACGGAGACGGCACUACGUUCUGGUUUGCAGGGCUGGAUAGUCUCGGCAAGACGUUGAAGUGCAGCGCAAGAAAAUUGGGAGAAGGAGUAUAGAUAGCAGUUAGAGCAGGCGCCAAUCAAUCCUUAGGGCUUCCAACGAAACCCUCAAGCUGUCAUGCCACGUCAAGUACCUGAACUAAGCAGUCAGAGGAAUGAAUCCG